UCCAGCCUCCCAUGUGGAGACCAGAUAGCGGAGACCAGUCCUUAGUGCAUGGGACAGCAGGAGACACAUUGUGGGUUUAUGGACUGAGAGGAUAAUUCUCUGCAUCGUUCUCUGUCUGGGGAUCCCAUGUAGACUAAACUCAGAUUGGAGUAUAACUCUCUACCAGGGAAAUGACGGCCUCAAAUCACAUCAACAACCAUGAAAGCCAAACGAAACUCGCCAGAAGCUGCAGAAAUCCAUUCAAUAGUAUAAAGGUAUUUGUCGUGUGCCAUUCACUUUUACAGCUCUCUCAGCUACUCGUCUCCGGCUUCCUCAAGAGUUCCAUUUCCACCAUUGAGAAGCGGUUUGGAUUAUCCAGCCAAACAUCUGGCAUCCUGUCUUCUUUCAACGAGAUCGGGAACACACUGCUAAUCGUGUUUGUCAGCUACUUCGGCAGCCGCGUUCACCGACCGCGAUUCAUCGGCUGUGGCGCUUUGGUUGUGUGUGUGGCCGGCAUCACCAUGUGUCUGCCUCACUUCAUUAUGGGACCGUACGAAUACGACAAAUCAGUUGCCAGCGUAUACAGCAACGCUACGGAUAUCUGCCAGCCCAGCCUGUCUGGGCAGAGUGAGAGCGACAGCCAGUGCGUGACGCAGACGGGGAAGGAGAACAACCAGGUUUUGUUUAUACUCUUCAUCGGGCAGUUCCUGCUUGGCGUUGGCGGUGUGCCCAUCCAGCCCUUCGGCAUAUCUUACAUUGACGAUUUUGCCAGCAAGAAAAACUCCCCUCUCUAUAUAGGCUUUCUCUUCGCUGUCACCAUACUGGGUCCCGGGCUCGCCUUCAUGCUUGGAUCGGCCAUGUUACGCUACUUCGUUGACAUUGACAAGAUACCGGCCGGUGAAAUCGUUCUCACGCCCGGUGACCCGCGUUGGAUUGGAGCAUGGUGGUUGGGCUUUAUUCUAGCCUCUUGCAUUGUAGCUUUGGCUUCCAUACCCUACUUCUUCUUCCCUAAAGAAAUGCCGAAAGAGCUGGAAGCCGCUGAGGACGCAGAUGAGAAUAAAGGCGACCUGAUGGAAGUGUUUUCAAACACGUCUGAUCCAAAUGAAUCCGUCUCAUUGGUAAAAUUUGUCAAAGUUUUUCCAAAGGUAUUAUUGAGAACGCUUAAAAAUCCGGUGUAUAUUUUGAUCGUCUUGGCGCAAGCAAACAUGUCUGCCAAGGUAUGCGGUCUGGCUACGUUCAUGGCCAAAUUUCUGGAGAGACAGUUCUCCAUCACUGCUUCCUUGGCCAACCUGAUGAUAGGGGCUGUGAACAUCCCUGGAGCUAUGAUCGGUAUAGUCAUUGGUGGACUUAUAAUGAAGAGGUUCCGUUUGUCCCCGAAGCAGUGCGGAGCGAUGUGUGUGUGUGCGGUGUUCUGCUGCAUCCUGUUUAGUAUUCCUCUGAUCUUCCUGGGAUGCUCAACGCAGAAGUUCGCCAGCCCGAAUUCUGACCAGCACUUGAGUGCCGGAGCUUGGUACAAUGUUACUGAAUGCAGCGUGCAAUGUGGUUGUUCCAAAACAGCCUUCAAUCCCAUCUGCGGAGCAGACGGCGUGGAGUACAUCUCUCCGUGCUACGCUGGAUGUGAAGCCGUGGCCUUUAACUAUAAGGAGAAUAAAGUUCUGAACUAUACACGGUGCCGCUGUAUCUCCUCUCAGGAAUCCGGGGAUUCCGCCACUCCUGGGUCAUGUGGAUCCAGCUGUUAUCAUCUCUUUAUGCCGUUUGUGGUUCUGUCUUUUUUCGCCGGGACCCUCGUCAGCACCUCUCAGACACCCUCCGUCAUGUUAAUACUCAGGACUGUUAACCCCUCAGAGAAGUCACUGGCGAUCGGCAUACAGUUCAUGCUCUUAAGAAUUCUCGCGUGGCUGCCCGGUCCGGUCAUUUUCGGAAGUAUGAUUGACAGCACCUGUAUACGUUGGGGGAAGAAAUGUGGCUCCAAAGCGUCCUGCCAAUAUUAUGACAAUAAUCUAUUAAGACAACGGUACAUCGGACUGCAAAUUCUCUUUGAUAUUGGAGCUUUGAUACUCUUCACAGCGGUUUUCUUUGUAUUACGUCACAAAGACAAGGUCGGGGCAGAGGCUGAGAAGAACCCAGAGAUACAUACGUUAACCGAAAAAGAGCAAAAUUUGAAAAUCUUACCAAGCCGGACUUAAGAAGUGUCCUAGAUGACUCUUGCCAGUGUUUUGAGUUGAUUUCUCCUCAUGCAAUGAGUUAUACAGACACUGACGUCUACAUCUGCGCACUAACCCAUUUUCUUUAUAACUAAAGCAAACUCAUUGCACAACAUCUUGGAACGAUAAAACGAGGGAACCUAUUAAUAUCUAUUUGCGUUGGUUGGCAAACCGUGUUUUCUACAAUCGUAGUUUAUGCGAUUGCUAAUCGGACUGUUGCACAUAUUUUUGCAUUUAAGACUGUUCAAUAAUAUCCUAAACUUUAAAAAGACUUUUUCUAGGACCAAAUUUUAUCACAAAGCCGUUUAUGCCAUGAAACACACAUCUGCUCUAUGUAGAGUAAUGGUGAGUAGUGUAGAUGCAUAGAAUCUGAUGGCAGAAAUUAACCCACAGGUCCAUCUCGCCUUCCCUUUGUGUGUGUUCGUGCGUAUGUUACAUUUUUGUUUGUUUUGUGAUUUUUGUUUUUUUUUGCAAAAGUUUUUUUUUUAUCCAUUCCUAAUAUUUUCUAUGUAAGUCUAAUGUAUCUUUCACCCUUCUGUAAAAAGGUUCUUCCUUACGUUACGGUACAUACUGUAUCACCCUUCCUGCGUCUGAUCUCCUGCCCCUUAUUAUUUUUUAAAAACUCUGCUUUCCUGAUGUCUUUCAAAAACUGCAGUAUACACUGGGAAAUAAUUCGACACUCACCAGUCCCUUUUUUGUACUUUUGUAAUGAAUUAUCAGCGCUCCGUUAUGGAUUUUGCUAGACGAUGCUCAGUAAUUAGGCCAAGUGUCUAAGACGUUAGCGCAGUAUAGUAACGACACAAUGACUAUAAAAGCACAAUAUAGAUAAUUUUUUAAUACAGAAGUGAACACAGUGGGAGUUUUUUUUGACCAAAGAAAUACAAAACUUUUUCUUCUAGGUUGUUUUAUAUAUAUUGCACUUAUUUUAUAUUGUACUGAUGAUAUCACAGUUCGGAAACAUUAAGCAACUGAAAACCAUCUACAGGUUGGUUCAUAUAACAGGUAAAUGAACACAUAUAUGUAUAUAUAUAGAGAGAGAGGGAGGGGAGGGAGUAACGCAUGGAGUAUACUGAUACUGUAUACAGAAAAGAUUUGUUUUGACUCAAAGCUAUAAAAGAUAUUUAACAGUAUAAAAUAUUAGUUCCUCACCCGUCAGGAAUCUCCUCAGUCCUCUCAUCACCCUCUUACUGCUAUUAUCUAUUUCUGAUUCCUCAGUUUCAUUCUAGAUCUCAACUUAUACCUUCACUUUAGUAUCUGUCAUAUAUUAGUUAUGUAUAACAGGGCCGAAACUAGGGUAUCUGUCCCCCGGAGCAAGGCAGUCACUUGGCGCUAUUCCCCCCAAUAUACAGGAAUACAUCCUCCUGUACAUGUACACACCAUCAACACAUAGUACGGUACAUAUAUACACAGCCCCUGAAUAUACACAUACCACCCAAAUAAUCAUAUAUACAGUACAUGCCCCUGUAUAUACACACACCCCAAUAUACUGUGAUUAAAUACACCCCGGGUACUCCAGCAUACACACACAACACCGGGUUACACUGCACUGCUCCAGUACACACACCGGGUUA